AUGAGCUCCCGUAUGACGAGCCGCAACAACCUUUAUACAUCCAGAAGCCCAGCAGAUACUGACAACUACGUCGUGACAGUCAAACAAUUCAUCCGCAAUGUGCGUGCCGCGAAGACAAUCGCCGACGAACGAGCCGUGAUCCAGAAAGAAAGCGCUGCUAUACGAGCAAGCUUUCGCGAAGAGAGCGCUGACCAUGGCAUUCGUCGAAACAAUGUUGCGAAGCUGCUCUACCUCUUCACACUCGGCGAGCGAACACACUUUGGCCAGAUCGAAUGCAUCAAGCUGCUUGCCUCACCCCGCUUCGCCGACAAGCGACUAGGACAUCUCGCGACCAGUCUACUACUGGAUGAAAAUCAAGAGGUCUUGACUCUGGUUACAAACUCUCUCAAAAACGAUCUUGGUCAUUCGAAUCAAUACAUUGUCGGUCUAGCGCUGUGCACACUCGGAAACAUAGCAUCUAUUGAAAUGUCGAGAGAUUUGUUUCCCGAGAUCGAGAACCUUUUAUCGACUUCAAACCCAUACAUUCGACGCAAGGCUGCACUGUGUGCCAUGAGAAUAUGCCGAAAGGUGCCGGAUCUCCAAGAACACUUCUUGGAAAGAGCUACUCAGCUUCUCUCGGACAGAAACCAUGGUGUUCUUCUUUGUGGCCUGACAUUGGUUACUAGUCUCUGCGAAGCCGAUGAAGAAGAAGGCGGCGAAGAAGGCAUCGUAGAGAAAUUCCGCUCUUUUGUUCCUGGUCUGGUCAAGAUCUUGAAGAGCCUGUCUACAUCAGGUUAUGCGCCGGAGCAUGAUGUCACAGGUAUCACAGACCCCUUCUUGCAAGUUAAGAUUCUUCGCCUCCUGAGAAUACUCGCAAUGGGUGACGCUGAAACGAGCGAGCAUAUCAAUGAUAUCCUUGCACAAGUUGCUACCAAUACGGACUCCUCCAAAAACGUCGGAAACUCCAUUCUUUACGAAGCAGUCCGAACUAUUCUCGAUAUUGAAGCCGACUCGGGUUUGCGCGUCCUCGGCGUCAAUAUUCUGGGAAAGUUUUUGACAAACCGCGACAACAAUAUUCGCUACGUUGCUCUAAACACCCUGAUCAAGGUCGUUGCUAUCGAACCAAAUGCCGUUCAGAGACAUAGAAACACGAUUCUAGAAUGCUUGAGAGACCCGGAUAUUAGCAUCAGGCGGAGAGCGUUGGAGCUGAGCUUCACUCUUAUCAACGAGAGCAAUGUCCGCGUCCUGAUUCGCGAGCUCCUUGCUUUCCUUGAGGUUGCUGAUAACGAGUUCAAGCCCACGAUGACGAGUCAAAUUGGUAUCGCAGCAGACAAGUUUGCUCCAAACAAAAGAUGGCACUUCGAUACCAUGCUGCGUGUUCUUUGCCUCGCAGGCAACUUCGUGAAAGAACAAAUCCUCUCUUCUUAUGUCCGCCUUAUUGCGACGACCCCUGAGCUCCAGACCUAUGCUGUGCAGAAGUUGUACAUCAACCUCAAAAAGGACAUUACCCAAGAGAGCCUGACACAGACUGGCGCUUGGUGCAUUGGAGAGUAUGCUGACGCGCUACUCAAGGGUGGCCAACAUGAAGAGGAGGAGCUCGUUCACGAGGUCAAAGAGAGCGAAAUCAUUGACUUGUUUACUCUCAUCCUCAACAGCAGUUACGCCAACCAAGUUUCUACAGAAUACAUUGUCACAGCACUCAUGAAGCUUACCACGCGCUUCACAGAUGCAUCUUCAGUUGAGAGAGUCAGACGCAUACUUCAGAAUCACCAAACGAGCCUGGAUGUCGAAGUACAGCAGCGUGCUGUCGAGUACAGCAAUCUGUUUGGCUUUGACCAAAUCCGUCGUGGUGUGCUAGAGAAAAUGCCACCGCCGCAAAUCAAAGAGGAGUCGCGUGUCCUCGGUCCCGCCCCAACAAAGAAAUCAAAGGCUGCUGUUAACCGCAGAUCCAAGGUCGUCAAACCGACAGAGCAAGAUCUCCUCGAUAUUAUGGAUACUCCUGCUACAACAAUGACCCCUCCUAGUGGCGGCCAGAGCUCCAACUCCAAUCUUUUGGCGGAUAUUCUGGGCGGUGGCCUAACUUCCGAUUCCACCUCAGGUCAGGCCUCACAGUCGAAUACCUCGUCCAUCAUGGAUUUAUUUGGCAGUGGACCUGGACCUUCGGCCGCAUCUGCGGCCCCGUCAUCUAUUGGGUUGGAUAUGGCCUCUCAGCCUGCGGCAUCCCAACCUCAACCUACCUCGCAAGGCAGCCAGGGCAUUGCUUGUUAUAACUCAAAUGACCUCAACGUCAAAUUCCAAGUUCAGCGUAACACAGAAGGAAUGAUACAGGCGACUGCAAAGUUCCAAAACACGUCUGGCUCUGCAACCCUGUCUAAUGUUGGUCUCCAAGCUGCCGUUCCCAAAUCUCAGAAACUUCAGCUCCUCAGCAUCUCCUCCACAACUUUAUCACCUGGCGCUGACGCUACUCAAAUGAUGAGAAUUUCGGGAUGCAAAGGACCCCUCCGUCUUCGCCUCCGAAUCGGCUACACUCACCCAAGUGCAGGUCAAGUAAUUGAGCAGGUCAAUUGGACAGAAUCUUAG